ACAAACCCAUCAAAAUAAUAUCUCUGCUUUCUCCAUUAAUAACUCAAAAUCAAAGCUUUUUCUUUUAUCCUUCUAUCCUUCUCUCUCUCUCUCUCUCUUUGUAUCUGAAGCUUAUUAAUCUCUCUGUAACAUUCCAUUCCAUUUCUAACAUCAUUAUUAUAACUGUUCAUUUCAAGUUCCAUUGUUUUUGCUUCUUCUUCUCUGUGAAAAUCAUGUCAGUUUUCACAGAAACUAAUUCUUCCACUUCAACAAUAGCAGAACAAAUCAAACUAAGAAGACCCAGAAACCAAUUCCACCAUCAACAACAAGAAAUGCCCAUUUCGACAACUGAAACGGAAACAGAUCCAAACCCGCAAAUGUCUCGCUCUUCUAAAUCCACAAUUUCCUCUCUUUUCCUUUCCCCAUUUUCCACUGAACCCACAACCAAGAAAAAAGGCACCGCCUUCAGAGGUCUAGGAUGCACGGCAGGUGCCGCCCAGCAAGUGUCGGUGCCUGCGGUCAUACGGUCAUCAGCUGAGUGGGAAGGGAAAAGGGUAAAGAAGAAAAAGAAUCAACAGCAUCAAAGGCAACAGAAAAUGAAGAAAGAAAGUAUACAGAUUUGUAGUGAGAAUAUGUUGCAAAUUAAUGUGGGUGAUCAUAGUAUUAGUAACACUGAUAACAGUAACAAUAAUAAUAAUAGCAAUGGUAUUGGGAGUUUUAAUUCUGGAAAUUGUAUGGUGAUGCAAGAUGUGUGGUGUGGACCUGGAAUUGGGUUUUCUGCUGAUGCUGUUGUUGGGUCUGUGGACUGUGUUGUGGCUGCUAGAAGGAUUAAUAAUAACAAUUAUGCUUCUUCUGGUAGUAGAGGGAAGAAUGAUGUGGACAAAAUUAUUCAAAGGGAGAGAGAAAGGGAGAGGGAAAGAGAGAGGGAGCGUGCUUCUUGUUUAGGGAGGCGAGCAGCAGUGAACCCAGAAACUUUUUCUUUUUUGGAUUCUGACCCUGCUUUUAUAACAUCUCGCCCUGAACCAGAAGUUUUUGGAAGCCGGUAUUAUCGACAUGUUCGGCAUCCUUCCCCUGAUGGACUUGCUGAGAUGAUGAUGCUCCAAAAUAGUUUCAUGAUGGGAGGAAGAUUCGAUCGGUAUAGUGACUGGAGACUUGAUAUUGAUCACAUGUCAUAUGAGCAACUACUGGAGCUAGGUGAAAGAAUCGGUUAUGUGAGUACCGGAUUGAAAGAAGAUGAGAUUGGUCGCUGUGUCAGGAAAAUUAAACCUUCAAUUUAUAAUGACUUGUCAUCACGCUUACCCAUGAUUCUGGAUAAAAAGUGCAGUAUUUGUCAGGAGGAGUUUGAAUCAGAUGAUGAGCUGGGUAAGCUGGACUGUGGACAUGGCUUCCACAUACAGUGUAUAAAGCAAUGGCUUACACAGAAAAAUACUUGCCCAGUCUGUAAGAUUGAACCAGUGGCUCGAGGCUAGGUAUUUUUUUAUCUAUCUUCUUGGGCGCAUGGGUUUCCAAGUUGCUGCUCUUGCCCGGUCUACAUGAUGUAUAGAUUUUACCAUUAUACAUAAUCAUGAACUCAUUCAUUGGUGUGAAGCUUCAAAUUUUUCUUCUUGAAAUGACAGACAGGCUGCUCCCUUUUUUGGAUUAAUUCAGCAGGAUCUCAUGCUGAACCAAGUUAAUAGUACUGGAAUUUGAUGGAAAUCAUUAGUUGGAAAGAUGAUUGAAUGGAAUGUGUGCUCGAUUCCAAUUUC